AUGGAGAAAGUCCUUAUUGUUCUGCUGGUUGCCCUUGUGGCAGUGGCCUACGCGGUUCCAGACCCCCGGGGAAUCUUUAUCAACCUGGAAGAUGGUGAGCUCUGCAUGAACAGUGUCCAGUGCAAAAGCAAAUGUUGCCACCGUGAUACCGGGCUGAGCCUGGCCCGCUGCGUACCCAAGGCCAGUGAGAACAGCGAGUGCUCUCCCAAGACUCUCUAUGGGGUUUACUACAAGUGUCCCUGUGAGCGGGGCCUGACCUGUGAGGUGGACAUGACCAUCGUGGGUGCCAUCACCAACACCAACUUUGGUGUCUGCCAUGACGUUGGACGCUCCAAAGAGUGA